AAUAUUUUUAACAUUAAACCAAGUUUUUAAAGAAAAAAACAAUGGCAGAAAAUGAAAAUGGGAACAUACGAGCUUUAUCAAGCAGUACUGAAGAUUUAAGUGAAUAUACAGAUGCUGAUGAAAGUAUAUCGUCAGCACCAACCGAAUUUCUUGCAGAGUUUCUUUCAGCAGUAAUGAUGAAAGAUUACAAAACAGCUUUAAAAUAUUGCCAUUUAAUUCUUCAAUAUGAGCCAAACAACAGUACAGCCAAAGAAUUUUAUCCUUUAAUUGUAACAAAAUUGAGAAUAGAAUCAACAAAUAGCAGUGGGUCCAGUGGUGCUGAUGAUAACAAUCUUGUUUAUGAAAUUGAAAAUAAAAAUAGCAAAGAUUCAGAUGCAGCUAGUACCGAUGAUGAUAGUGAUUCUGAAUCGGAGGAUGAUGAUGAAGACGAUGAAGAAGAAGAACCACAGGGCAUAUCAUCCAUAUCUGGAGAUCGACAUAGUGAUGGAACUACUGCAAGUUAUUCAAGCUUAGAAGAUGAUGAUGCAAUUGAAGCCCAUAAUUUAUCAAAUUCUAAUAAAUACGGAAAUGUGGAUAAUGCUGACUAUGGAAAUGGAAAUGCAAAAAUAGGAGUAAUAAGUCCAGUUUUAUCGGCCAAAAAAGCAUGGGAAGUUACUGCUGAAAAUGAGAUCAAAAAGAAAAUGGAACAUGUAACACUCAAUAUGCAUACUAGUUCAGACUCCGAAUCCCCUACAGAACCCGUCAGUCAGCAAUUAAUUGAACAGUUGCGUAAUCGUGUCAUAAAUUGUAAGAAUAAUUAAGUAUGAUUUUGUGUAAACCCAAUAUUUUUUCAAUUGUUUCUUUCAA